UAAAACAUCUCUGAACCUGGCUGAUUGGAGCUGUUGGGGCCAGCGUCGUUUGCCCUUGAGCCGCCCUUGUGCCCGCACUCCCUUUGGUGGGAGGCGGCGUAGUUACUAGGAGCUUUAUUGAGAAGUUAAACUCUCAAGUAUGAAGCUUCUUCAGAAUCAGCGAUGAGAGUUGCAGCUUCAGCCGCGGUAGCGGGAGCUCGGAGGCUUUCCACCGUAACUAGUUUCGCAACUGGUAGCCGCGUAUCAGUGGCUUAGGUGCAGCGGCGCAGAGGACAGCCAGCAUGGCGGACGCGGGCACAUCCACUGGGCAACACAACGCUGGCGACGGUGACGAUGAGAUAGCGGAAGUGGACCCCGAAGGGAGCUACUGCCGCUACAAGGAGCCUGUGGGCAAAGGGCGGUUUAAGACCGUCUUUAAGGCUUUCAACAGCCAAAUUGGGAUAGAUGUGGCCUGGAGCAAGGUCCGCGCGGAUUCGAAUCACUUGAGCGAGGAGCAGCUUCACAGUGUAGCCAAGGACAUGAUGACCGGGUUGGAGCUGGACCAUCCCAACAUCAUAAAAUGCUUCCGGUGCUGGGAAGACCAGGAGCAUGGCUGCAUUAACCUGAUUACGGAGCUUUUCACCUCCGGCAACCUGCGCCAGUAUCGCAACAUGCACAAACAUCUCGACCUGAAGGCCGUUAAGCGCAUGGCCAAGCAGAUCCUGAAAGGCCUUCAGUAUCUGCACAGCAUGAGCCCCUCUGUCACACAUGGGGAUUUGCGGUGCGACAAGAUAUACGUGAACGGCCACAGCGGGGAAAUUAAGAUCGGCGACCUCGGCUUGGCGACCUUGCUGCCUUACCGCUGGGAGGAGCAUGAAGGGCACAAAGGCGCUUUUGAUACCUCGGUGGACGUGUUUGCGUUCGGGCUGUGCAUGCUUGAGCUUAUCACCCUUAAGCAGCUGGACCCGCAGCAUUGUUCCGACUGGCCGCAGCUGCUGCAGGAAGUUCCGGACGAGGAAGCCCGCGCCUUUAUUGGCAAAUGCCUUGGUCCCUUAGAUCAACGGCCAACGGCAGAGCAGCUUCUUGCGGACCCUUUUUUCGCCGUGCGAAGAGACGCCAAGUUGAGCGGCCUGGAGCCGGAUGGCAAUGGCUCGGCGCGGAGCCUUGCACCUCUUGAGCAGGAAUCCGGUCAGGGUCCGAAGAUGCGGCGAACAGACGAUGCGCUGGGCGGGCCUGGCGUGGAGCCUGAGGUCGGAGCGGGCGAGGCUAGCAUUGCUGUCGGACGGCUCAAAGGCGAGGACUAUGAGUUCGUUUUCAGCGCCAAAACUGUUGACGGAAAAUUGCAUUUCCAGCUUACCAUGCUGGGUGUGACGAAGCCGGGCGAGGAAAACCAGCUGAAGCGCGACAUCGAGUUCGUGUUCGACCCCGAGACGGACACAGCCGAUAGUUUAGCUGGCGAGCUCUCCCAGCAGUUCAACCUGAGCCCCACGGACACGGAGAUUUGCGCAGCCGCGCUGAAGGAAUACCUGGCAAAGGAGCUGGGUAAUGAUGCCAACGACUAAUGUCACAGCAGCAUGUGUUUUCGUGUGUCGAGUGUUGGGUUGCUAGAUGCAGCCGGCUUUAGUGCUGGAGCGCGUGUAUGAGUGUCAGGGGGGGGUGAACAGGUGACUUACUCGGGCCGUGGGGCUGGGUUCCUCGUCAGGGCUGCCCUGCCGUUAGCAGCGCUGCUGCAGUCCGUCGCGCUGUUGUGGUGUGGCGGCGGCGGCCCUGGGGUGUGGGAAGGCAUAGUAGGCGCUAAAUGCGCCGCGCAGGAUGUAUCCCAUUCGCUGAGUGUAGGCCUGUGCAGAAGGGUUGCCACUUUUAUGCCAGCCGUGUGGCAUCAGGCCAAUUGAACCUCAACGCCAAGCGACAAUAUGUCGGCGGCUGCCUUCACUGGCUGGCCCUGCAUGACAUUGGGGGAGGUGAAUUGAGAGGGGGAAUGCACCGGGAAACGACCGAUUGCGCUGACAGAAGCCACAAUUAACGAGUGUUGCGUUUGCAUCAGCGCGUUUUUUUGGGACCCUAUGCUCACGCCAUGGCGCGUCUGGCGGCGUGGCAAGAGAUGUAUCGGGUGUUUGGGUCCUUAUCUUGGUUUCGAAUUUGGACCUUGACCGGUUUGAGCGUUUGUACGGACAAAUUGACUUUCGUUAUUCCGGGGUCAUGCAAUGCAAACCGUAGUGCGUCAUCAUCGCAUGACAAUUCGUACGGUUC